AUGGCAGAUGUUAGUAAAGAAGAUCUUGAAAGGGAAAUCGAAAAGAUCCUUAAAAAUGCUAACCUCGCAAACACAUCUACUAAGAAAGUCAUUCAAAAGUUGGAGAAAGUCUUUGACACAGAUUUGUCGGAGAAAAAGAAGAUUAUUGAUCAACUAGUUAUGGAUUACGUGAACAGCAAGAAUUCUGAGGAUGAAUAUGAUGAAGAAGAUGAUGAUGAGGAGGAAGAAGAAGAAAAAAAGCCUGCAAAGCGAAGCGCGCCUGCCAGUAAGGCUAGCAAUAAGAAAUCACGAAAAGAUAGUUCUGAUGAAGACGAUGAUGCUUCAGGAGAUAGCGAGUCAGAGGAAGAGAAAAAGCCAGCUCCUAAGAAAGGUAAGAAGAAGAAGGGUUCGUCAGAUUCUGACAGUGAUUGGGGCAAAAAGAAAGAAAAGGCGGCAAAACCUAAGAAAGGUGGUGGCCGGAAAGGUGGAGGUUACACCAGAGCUUACAAACUGUCCCCGGCUCUAUCAGAACUCAUGGGAGAAACUGAAAUGCCGAGACAUGAAGUAGUCAAACGAGUUUGGACAAUCAUUAAAGAGAAGAAUCUAUAUGAUCCCAAUAACAAACAGUUUGCUAUCUGUGACGAUGCUCUGUACAAAGUGAUAGGAACAAAACGUUUCCGCACCUUUGGCAUGAUGAAGUAUCUCAAAACGCAUUUCCUCGAUGAUUAA